GCCCGGUCAUUGCUUCUCUCAGUUUUGGUGCCACGCGCACUUUUGAGAUGAGAAAGAAGCCCCCGCCAGUUCAGGAAAGCUUGUUGAGACCACAACCAAGACCCAGACUAUGAGUCACCAAUCUGACAGCCUCCACAAGCCCUGUGGCCAAAUGAAGGACCAGGGCCUCAAAACCCAGAAGCCCCACCCCCCAGUGAUGGAGCUGAUCCUGCGCCUGCGACAGCUCAUAGAUGAGUACUCCAGGCAGCUGAAGAUCAGGCACCUGCAGGAGGACCUGGAGCAGGAGAAGCAACGGCACAGUCAGGACACCAGGGAGCAGGAAGCCAUCCUCGUCCAAUUACUGGGCGAGGUGGUCAACCUGUUACAGGCUGGUGCCACAAGUAGCCUGGAGCUCCAACUGCCUCGCCUUUCCCUGGACUCAAGGGGUGGAGGUGGACAGCAGGCCCGAUUGCCCAGGAAGCCUGACCAGCUAAGUCACCAACUGAGUGAUUCGAAAGCUGCAGUUGUCAGCUGUGACCUAUCCACCCGUGGGAUUGACAUCUCCGCCUCAUACAAGUCCAGCUUCAAGGACUUUAUAGCCUACCAAGGAGACAAAUACCAUGAGGACAAGAACACCUCGGGCUUCAUUAACCUUGGCCUCAGUGAGAACAAACUCUGCAUUGAUCUGCUGACUGAAAGGUUGAGUCGGAGUGACAUGAACUACAUUGAUGAUGACCUUCUGCAAUAUCCUGAUUGGAGUGGACAUGCAUUCCUGAGGGAAGAAGUAGCCCGGUUCCUGACCUACUACUGCAAGGCACCUGAGCAGCUUGAUCCCGAAAAUGUGGUUGUUCUAAGUGGCUGCUGUGCUAUCUUCUCUGCCUUGACCUUGGUGCUAUGUAAUCCAGGCGAUGCCUUUCUGAUCAUCACCCCCUUCUAUUCUGGCUUCACGUUUACUUCCAGCCUAUAUGUGAAUGUUGAGCUGAUUCGUGUCCACCUGGACAGUGAGAUCACUGAGGCGGACACCCAGCCAUUCCAGCUGACUGUGGACAAGUUGGAGAAAGCCCUGCUGGAGGCUAAGUUUAAGGGGAAAAAGGUCAGAGGUCUUGUUCUCUUCAACCCCAAUAAUUCUCUGGGAGACAUCGGCAGUUUGGACUCACUGAUGGAAUACCUGGAAUUUGCCAAGAGGUACAACCUACAUGUGAUUAUUGAUGAGAUAUACAGGGGGACUGUGUUUGAUGAAUCCAUCCCAUUCCACAGUGUUCUGAGCAUGGAAAGUUUACCUGACCCCAACAGGACCCAUGUGAUCUGGGGCACCAGUAAGGGAUUUGGGAUCUCUGGCUUCCGUUUUGGCACUCUGUACACCCACAACAAGGAGGUGGUCUCUGCUGUGGGCGCUUUUGGCUUCCUCCACGGCAUCUCUGGCAUCACCCAGCACAAGCUGUGUCGGCUGCUCCAGGACAGAGAAUGGAUUGACAACGUGUACCUGCCCACUAAUCGCUCCCGGAUGCAGGAAGCUCACAGAUACAUCACUAACAGGUUGAAGACAUUGAAGAUCCCUUUUCUCAAUCGUGGCUCUGGUCUCUAUAUCUGGGUCAACUUGAAAGAGUACCUGGACCCAUGCACAUUUGAGGAAGAGCAGCUCCUUUAUCGCCGCUUCCUGGACAACAAGCUCCUAUUGGCCCCUGGCAAGGCCUACAUGUGUAAGGAGCCUGGCUGGUUCCGCCUCACCUUUACGGAUAAUCCCCUCCGCCUGAAAGUCGCCAUGAACCGGUUCUCACAGGCACUAUUGGAGCAGAAGCAGUAUUGGGUAGAGAAGCAAAUGAAGUGCGUACUGGGGGAAUAAGUGCUCCACCCUCUCCCCCCACACCCCUAACCAGAAGCUCCAGCCAAUCACAUGUUUAGAAUUUCCCUGACAUCAGCCUCUGGUAUAGUAUUGACUUGCUGCUGUGACAGAGCAAACAGUGGGGCUCCAGGAAUGAGCUCAUCUGAUCCCACCAUCGCCCUCCUUCCACUGAGCAUCUGUCAUUUCUGGGAGCUUUGAUAUCUUUAAUCUUUGCUAGUGGUUUUGGGGUGUGAAAUGAUUAUAGGAGAUUUUGGUGGGAAAGCCUAUGGGAAUAAAGAGAGCUUUGGAUGAGUUUUGUUUUGUAUCCUAUAUCUAAUAAAUUCUAUAUUCUCCUAAA